AUGAAGGGUGAUCCCUUUGAUUAUGCUUGGAUUAGUAGCACAGACUUUUGGGUUUUGGAUACUAUUGAAGAGAAUCCAACUCCAGAGCUUAACUAUGAUGAGCUAGAGCAAGCUCUUAAAGAGCUUAAUGAGGAGUAUGAUUUUGAUGAUAAUCACUUGACUGAAGAGAGUGGAGCGACGAGUAGAAAACGUAGGCGUAUUGAAGAUGAUGAUGAAGUGGAAAAUGAAGACUUGUCAGCCACUGAUAAUGAGGCAGAUGAUGAGAAUGACGAU